CUGCCAUUGGCUGACUUCAUUUCCCAGACUUAGCACAAUCUCAUCCGCUCUAAACAACCUCAUCAAAACUACUUUCUGGUCAGAGAGAAGCAAUAAUUAUUAUUAACAUUUAUUAACGAUCAAUAAACUUGAUUGCAUUAUGGCCAGCACUAUUAAGAAAACACCUGUAUCGUCAUAUCUGCUCCUGCAUUCUAUCUGAUGUGAUGUCACAUGUCACACAGUGUCUGGAGAACUUCAUUGGACACCUGUGAGAGAAUGAGAGUGAAAAGGGCAGAUCGCAUUUUAGUUUCUUAUGAACAUGGUUUUGAGCAGCAGGCUUCCUAAAGCAGGGUCUUGGGACCCCAGAGGCUUCCUGGACCACACUUGAGAACCACUGACCCACCAGGCUCAGUCUGGUAUCUGGAAUCCCACCAAGGGGAUACAGCAGUGGACAAAAUGAAUACAUUUCCUGCACCCCACCUCCGCCCGCCCCCCGGAGUUUAUAGAUGAUGCAUUGAGUGUUGGAAUUGGGUUUGAAGGUGCCUGUGAAGGCUUUCCUGGUGACUUGAGGAAAAUACAGCAGCAGAUGAGGAGCUUCUCUUCCCUGAUGUGGAAAGAAGACAAUUCCAGAGCUCUGAGAAUUAGAGCAUCCCCCAGACAAAGCAGAGCUGGGAGCAAUUAGUUCUUCUAGAUGCCUCCUUCCUAAAAUAAAUUUAGUACUUUGUUUAAAGAGGAAAUAUCUGGUCACUUGCAUCAUUGCCCAAGCUCUGAAACCUGGACUCCAGUGUGACAUGGGCAGAAAGGAAGUGAUGCCUGCAGCCCGCCCUUCACCACCCAGAGCACAUGAAAACCUCAGCCUCAGACCCACUGGCCGGUCCAUGAACUGACGGCGAUUUCAGGGCAGGGUGAGGCUUUGGAGCUGUUUUUCCAUUUGGCUUCCAGAGGAAGCCUUGUCGGUUGUGAGCGAGGACCAGUCUUUGUUCGAGUGUGCCUACGGAACGCCACACCUGGCAAAGACGGAGAUGACCGCCUCCUCCUCCAGUGACUAUGGGCAGACGUCCAAGAUGAGUCCGCGCGUCCCCCAGCAGGACUGGCUGUCUCAAGCCCCGGCCAGAGUCACCAUCAAGAUGGAGUGUAAUCCCCACCAGGUGAACGGCUCAAGGACCUCCCCCGAUGAAUGCAGCGUGGCGAAAGGCGGGAAGAUGGUGGGAAGCCCAGACACCAUCGGCAUGAGCUACGGCAACUACAUGGAGGAGAAGCACAUCCCACCCCCAAACAUGACCACCAGCGAGCGCAGGGUCAUCGUCCCAGCAGAUCCAACACUUUGGAGUACAGACCAUGUCCGGCAGUGGCUGGAGUGGGCAGUGAAAGAAUACGGCCUUCUUGAUGUCGACGUCUUGUUAUUCCAGAACAUCGAUGGGAAGGAGCUGUGCAAGAUGACCAAGGAUGACUUUCAGAGGCUCACCCCAAGCUACAAUGCUGACAUCCUUCUUUCCCAUCUCCACUACCUCAGAGAGACUCCUCUUCCACAUUUGACUUCAGAUGAUGUUGAUAAAGCCUUACAAAACUCUCCGCGGUUAAUGCAUGCUAGAAACACAGGGGGUGCAGCUUUUAUUUUUCCAAAUACUUCAGUAUAUCCUGAAGCUACGCAAAGAAUUACAACUAGGCCAGAUUUACCUUACGAACCACCCAGGAGGUCAGCCUGGACGGGUCACGGCCACCCCACACCCCAGUCGAAAGCUGCUCAGCCGCCUUCUUCCACGGUGCCCAAAACCGAAGACCAGCGUCCUCAGUUAGAUCCGUAUCAGAUUCUCGGACCAACAAGUAGCCGCCUUGCAAACCCAGGGAGCGGACAGAUCCAGCUUUGGCAGUUUCUCCUGGAGCUCCUGUCGGACAGCUCAAACUCCAACUGCAUCACCUGGGAGGGCACCAAUGGGGAAUUCAAGAUGACAGAUCCCGAUGAGGUUGCCCGGCGUUGGGGAGAACGGAAAAGCAAACCCAAUAUGAACUAUGAUAAACUCAGCCGUGCCCUCCGUUACUACUAUGACAAAAAUAUCAUGACCAAAGUCCAUGGGAAGCGCUACGCCUACAAGUUUGACUUCCACGGAAUCGCCCAGGCCCUCCAGCCCCACCCUCCAGAAUCAUCCCUAUACAAGUACCCCUCCGAGCUCCCUUACAUGGGCUCCUAUCACGCCCACCCACAGAAGAUGAACUUUGUAGCUCCCCACCCUCCUGCCUUACCUGUGACAUCUUCCAGUUUUUUUGCUGCCCCAAACCCAUACUGGAAUUCACCAACUGGAGGAAUAUACCCUAACACUAGGCUCCCAGCCAGCCAUAUGCCUUCUCAUCUGGGCACUUACUACUAAAGACCUAAUAGGAACCUUUCCCAACAGCGUGCAAUCACCAAUGAAUUGCAAUAAACGUUAACAAAGAACAUGAAUCAAAGUGCCUCAAAAGCAAUGAAAAUGGUUGACUGGGGCUGGGAAAGGAAGCCAGGGAAAAAAUCCAAAAGACUCUUAGAGGGAGGGAAUUACUAAAGUAUUACUACAGAAUAAAGAGGAAGAUAAAAAUGUAAUGUAUAUGGACAUAUAAUCUGUGGACCAACCUUGUAGAAGACAUUGUCAGCAGAAGUCAAAGUGCCAAAGAAAGUGGUCUAAAGAAGUGUACAGCUUUUACAGUAGAGUUUGAAAUCCUGCUAAUGCAAGCUGGGAUUAAACUAAAGCAAUAGGGAGAACACAGUUUUGACCUAACAUACCAUUUAUAAUGUCAUUUUAAGGAAAACUACCUGUAUUUAAAAAUAGAAACAUAUCAGGAAAAAGACGAGAGAGAUGAUGGCCGAUCCACAGACACUGAAAUGGAAUUCAUCGGCACUUGCUAUUUUGGUGGAAAUCAGAUUCAUUCCAUUUGAUGGGGAGCAAUCAGCUCUCUCAAACUGUGAAGAUGACCCAAAGUUUCCGACUCCUUUACAGUAUUACAGGAACUGUGAGCCAAAUGAUGGGACUGAGAAUGUGUACUGAGAGCGUGUGAUUGUUGACGGAGGGCUGGAGGAGGAAGAGGAGGAGGCAGAGAAGGAGCAGGCAAAGACUGGGAAAGAAACUUCUCAACCAGUGAGGACUGGACUUAGGACAAUUUGGGGACUGUGGCAAAUGAGUCAUGUAGACUUGAGGUUGAACGCAGUCAGUGUCAUACCAAACCUGGUGUUACAAAAAAGGACACAGUGUAACGGAGGAAGGGGAGGUAGUAGAAUUCAGAAACAAAAAUAUGCAUCUCUUUUUUGUUUGUUUGUCAAAAGAAAAUUUUAACUGGAAUUGUCUGAUAUUUAAAAGAAACAUUCAGGACCUCAUCAUGAUGUGGGGGCUUUGUUCUCCACGGGGGCAGGUAAGAGACAGCCUUCUUGGCUACCACCAUCAGAAAUCAUGUAGGCAUUUUGGUUAGGUGGGCUCCAGUGUUCCUUUUCGAGUCGCAGACGCUGUGCGUUUGUCAGAAUGAUGUAUACAAGUCAAUGUUUUGGUUUUUUUUUUUUUUUCCUUUUUAUAUAAUAUUAUAUAACUUAUGCAUUUAUACACUACGAGUUGAUCUCGGCCAACCAAAGACACAACACAAAAGAGACAAUCGAUAUCAUGUGGCCUUGAAUUUUAACUCUGUAUGCUUAAUGUUUACAAUAUGAAUUUAUUAGUUCUUAGAGCAGAAUGUAUGUAAUAAAAUAAGCUUGGCCUAGCAUGGCAAAUCAGAUUUA